AUGUCCCAAACGUCAAUUUUCCACUUCCCCACCUAUGAAAUCUCCAACGACCGCAUCAAACUCAUCCCCUUCAACCCAGACCAUCACGGCCCAACAUUCAUCAACCACACAACCCAAACCCCAACCCUCUUCUCACACAUGAAUAUAGACCACUGGAGCUCACUCUCCGACCUGAAAUCCGCCUUCUACACUAGCCACGACAGACACAUCCUCUCAUACGCAAAUCCCGACUCAUUCGCCUACGCCAUUAUAGACAAAACGCGGCCCCCAUCGUCCGAUGAUGCGGAAGGCGAACUAGCAGGAACGAUAAGCUACAUCAAAACAUCUCCCGUGCACCUCAGCACGGAACUGGGGUUUGUGGUUGUUUUCCCGCCAUUCCAGAGGAGUCACGUUGCGGUUAAUGCGGUGGGGCUUAUGUUGCUAAAUGCGUUUAAGGCGAAAGAGGAUGGUGGUUUGGGGUUGGGGAGGGUGCAUUGGAUGGCUAGUACUAUGAAUCCGGGCAGUGUGCGGUUGGCGGAGAAGAUGGGAUUUGAGAGGGUCGGGGUUACGAGGUGGCAUAUGAGGUUUCCGAAGGGUGCGGUUAAGGGGAAGGUGGGGAAUGGGAGGGGUCUGCCUCCUAGGAGUGAUCCGGAGGAUCUGUGGAGGGAUACAGUUGAGCUUAGUCUUUCUUGGGAGGAGUGGUUGGGCGGUGGGGAUCAGAAGGUGAGAGAAAUUAUGAGUAGAUAG